AUGGCACAAACGGCAGACACGGCUUAUUCUGAUGGGAAUGAAAAUGAUGGACUGGAUCUUGAUGUAAACGUAAACGACGUACCAAAUGUUGCUGCGAAUAUCGAAAACAUCGGAUUGGGACAAAAUAAUGCUGAUAUUGAGGUCGAUAAUUUAAUAAACAGAGAAAUCGAUGAAACCAUCAUUCGUGAUAAGGAAAAAAAGGAUGAUAUGGGACGUUGUGCAGAACUUGAAUUAGCUGUCACUGAUUGCAAGAAACGUUUGCGGAAAAUCAGUGAUAAUGAGAGAAGUAUUGAACGAAUGCAGCUCAUGGAAAAACUUGUGCAAUGUCAGCUUGAACUUGACGCUUUAAAAGAAGAGUUAUCUGAUCCAGUAAAAAAAAUUCGAACUCCGCGUGCCAUAACUAUGAUGGGACAUCAGUUUUUCUUGCAAUCAGCUACUGGUCGAAAUCCAUAUUGCGAAGUUUGCUUAUCUACGAUUUGGCGUUUGAUACAACGUUAUCGGCGAUGUAACAAUUGUGGUUUGCGAUCACAUGAUAAGUGUGUGCAGCACGUCUUGCGUUAUUGUGCUGGCACCAAAGCGAACGAUAUACUCUUUAGGCCGAGAACGGAAAUUUGUGAGGAACGUGGGCUUGAUCUGCAAAACUACAAAUGUGCAGAGUGUCAUCACUCCUUACAAUUUGAUGGCGCAACUGAUAGUGAACCACGAUUGUGUGACUAUAACGGCCAUUAUUAUUGCCCACGUUGUCACUGGAACGAUGAGUGGUUUAUUCCGGCCCGCAUAAUACACAACUGGGAUUUCAACAAGUAUAAGGUUUGUCGCGCUACAAAGCAGUUACUUGUUAUCAUCGAAAAAAGACCAGUUUUCAAUAUCUUAAAGUUGAAUCCAGGAUUAGUGAAUUAUGUUGAUCAAUUAGCCAAAAUAAAUAAGUUACGGCAAAAUAUAUUGUUGAUGAAGUGUUACUUCAUGUGCUGUAAGGUAGCCCGUAAGCAGCGAAUUUUGCAAAAUUUGAGACAUCGUCAACAUUUUGUCGAAAAUUCUGAUAUGUACAGUUUGAUGGAUCUGGUGGAUUUGUAUCAAGGUCGAUUAUUACCGGAUAUUGAAGGAAUAAUUCGGAUAUAUUCGGAACAUAUUACUAAAGACUGUUUGCUCUGCAAAGGAAAAGGAUUUAUUUGCGAGUUAUGUGACGAUACUACUGCUAUUUUUCCAUUCUUCGAAAAUGUGGCCAUUUGCCGUAAUUGCUUAGCUACUUUCCAUCAAGAGUGUUUUAACAGGAAAAGCAAACACUGCCCAAGGUGUUUGCGGCGAAAAUCUCAUGCAUAUUCAAUGUUCCCUGUGGAUGAUAUUAUUUAA